CGCGUCACUCACACUAAAGGCUCUGAUCGCAAAGGAGACCCGGUCAAGUAGGUAAGAGCAUCGAGACCUAAGGUAAGCAGCCAUACAAGAUCGCACUAUUUCAACCACCUCACUCAGACAAAGAGUUUUCAUUCUCAGCUCUUUCUUUUCGAACCACCGGGCAAUCUCACGACACUGUCUGCAACCACGAUACGUUAUCUUCCAGCACCUUGCCCAAGAGUUCCGGCUUACAAUCUUCAACACAAUGGCUGAGACUGAUGAGUGGUCGGCGAACGCCACCGAGUCACUCAAUAUUAGCCUGAUCGCUCCUGCUCUCGGGGCCACGAAGACGAUUGCUUCCUUUAAUCCCAGGUUCACCUACUCCAUCUUUGGCGACGAUGAGCGCAUUUUUGGAUACAAGGACCUCAAGAUCGACCUGCGCUAUCGCACCUUUGACAUGCGACCGAACGUCAAGGUGUUCUACGGCAAGAAGUUCCAGUCUGUUGGCGAGACCGAGGCUGCGGAUGUUGAUGCUAUACUGAAGGAGCACCUGCCGCUAGUCGCCUUUCAGUCUGCACGCGAAUUCAACUCGGGUGCUCAGAGCCAACCUGACGGCUGGACCCCUCCUGGCGCCCUCCAUUCUAGCUUCGAGGCCCAGGAUGGUACAUACGAGGUAUGGAAGGGUAGCCUUGCGGACCCUGCUGUUCGCCAGAUCGUCACCCGCGUCGAGGCUCUCGUUCCCAUGUUCAUUGAGGGAGGAUCAUACAUCUCCCGCGAGAUAAACAACGAAGAGGACCCCUGGAAGGUCCCCGAGGACGCCAACAGGUGGACUGUCUUCUUACUCUAUCGCAAACAAGCGUCGGCAGAGACGAGUGACAAGUCAUCAUACACCUUCGUCGGCUACGCGACUGUCUACCGCUUCUUUUGCUUCCGCCCGCCGACCCCUCCCUCGUCCGAAUGGGAUCUGCCAAAGGAGGAGUUUGACCUGCUUGAGGAGCUGCCCUGCCGCUCGCGGCUUUCCCAGUUCCUCGUCCUGCCGCCCUUCCAAGGCAAGGGCAUUGGUGCUCGUCUGUAUAAAACCAUCUUUGAGCAUUACUACAACAAACCGCAGACCUUAGAACUGACCGUAGAGGAUCCCAACGAGGCCUUUGACGACAUGCGCGACCUGGCCGACCUGACGUUCCUGCGAUCGCUGCCAGAGUUCGGCAACGUCAAGAUCAACACCAGCAUCGCCCUCCCCAACCCUCCCAGCGGCACCGUCCCCAAGGAUCUGGUCGACCAAGAGCUUCUUGGAACACUGCGCCAGAAGACAAAGAUUGUAGAGCGUCAGUUUAAGCGCCUGGUCGAGAUGCAGACCAUGUCUCAGCUGCCCGCGUCUGUGAAGGUUGGAUUCGGCGAGGAGCAGAAGGCCAGGCCGACAAAGGAGGAGAGCCACCACUACCGCCUGUGGCAGCUGUUCGUCAAGCAGCGCCUGUACCGCCAGAAUGCCGAUGUUCUUGGCCAGUUGGACCAGUCGGAGCGUUUGGAGAAGCUCAACGAGGCCCUGAGCAGCGUCGAGCUCGAGUACGCCAGACUGCUCGAUUGGCACGCUCGCUGGGAGAAAAACGUGGCGGCUGCCUCUGCUGCCGGUACCGAGGACACCGGCAGCAAGCGCAAGUCGGUAGACAGCGCCGAGGACCAGGGUGCGAGCAAGAAGGUCCGUAUCGAGGAUGCCUAGCCUGUCUGUGGCCGUCAUUCAAUUUGAGAUGCCGGGGCGGGCUGUGAUGAGGGAACCGGGUUAAGGAGUUUUACGGUGGUCUCCGAGACCUUUCUAUUUUGUUUUGUACUUCUACGCACCUUUGGCUACGGCCCGGUUGAUACCACGUUUUCUCACGAGCCGGCAAAGCAAGGCCAGCUUGUCGACAGACGGAAAGAGAUUUUUUUUCAAACAUUGAAUGAGUUGCCUUUUUGUCUAAAUCUAGAAAACUCUCCCAUGUGGAAGGCGUCCGUCUAUUCAGUAGUAAUCCCAUCCCGAACUCCAACCCGUGACAAAAAUGCACUUAAAAACUAACACGCGAAUUUUUGUUAUGCUUCCUCCCUGUAUUCUCAAUUCUCUUCUUUUUCUUUUUCUUUUUUCUUUUACUUUUCUCUCAUCAUUCCCUCUU